GUGACGUUUCUGCGUCGGGGCGGGUCGCGCGCUGACGUCACAGCCUCGCGCCCAGUGGUGUCCGAAGAGGGAGAGCGGCGGCGCGCGUCUCCGGCGACUCCGGCGGCGGCCCCAAAGCGCUAGGAAGCUCAGCCCCGGGGGUGGCACGGGCAGCGGCGCGAGCUCGCUGAAGAAGGCGCGAGCAGCCCAGCAUAGCCGGGCGGGACAAGGGCGCGUGCGGCUGAGCCUCGCCGAGGGGACCCUUCAACGCUAACCGAGGCGGCCGACACCGGAGACUCCUUUCCCGGUGCCAGCCGCCCCGCCCUCCUGUCUCCUGAGCCAAUCGGGCUUGGAGCGCGCUAGCCUGCCUCCCUGAACCCGCCAAUCGCAGGCGUCUUCUUCCGCCCGCCAAUCCCGGCCAGACAGGUGCGAAGCCCGACGCGACGGGGGCCAAUCCUCAGCAGGUCCGGGCCGGGACUCUGGGCCAAUGAGAAGGCGCCCUGGGAGCGUCGAGUGACGUGCGCCCCCGCCAAUCGGAAGUGCGAGCCUCUGGCUCUUCCUGGCGGCGCACCUAUCAGGGCGCGCGCUCCGCGGCGGCUAGGCCAAUCCGGAGGAGAAUCGCUUAAUCUCUCCCCUCCCGAAGAGUUGGGAAUGUCCUACAAACCCAUAGCUCCAGCGCCCACCAGCACAACCGGCUCCAGUACGCCAGGGCCCGGCACCCCCAUUCCUUCAGCCACCAGUGUCCCAUCCCCAUCGGGCUCAGUGCCUGGAGCCGCUGCCCCCUUCCGCCCCCUCUUCAAUGACUUCGGGCCACCUUCCAUGGGCUAUGUACAGGCUAUGAAGCCCCCUGGCUCCCAGGGCUCCCAGAGCACCUAUACAGACCUGCUCUCCGUCAUUGAGGAGAUGGGCAAGGAGAUCCGGCCCACCUAUGCUGGCAGCAAGAGCGCCAUGGAGCGACUGAAACGAGGUGUGUGGCCUCCGCCUCUCCCACUCCCCUGCAGCCAGUGGGGUGGGCUGUCCCAGGCUCCCCACAAAUACGUCUUCUCUUUUCCUCUCUAGGCAUCAUCCAUGCCCGGGCGCUGGUCAGAGAAUGCCUGGCAGAGACAGAGCGUAAUGCCCGCACGUAACGGCGAGCUCCCCCUCCCCACCCUAUGGACCUUCCACCUAUUUGCAUCACCUUUUGGAGCAGAGCCCCUCCCCCUGUGCCCUUCUUCUCUUCCGAUCUUCGACCUUCUCCUGUCCUGUGACCUACAGCCAUGCCGGGUGGGCCGGGAGAACCUGGAUCCAGCCAGGCGCCAGCAGCAGAGCUGAUGCCUCUUGGCCUCCUUUGGUAGCCCUAUAGCCAGCAGGUGUCUGCCAGGGAGUCCUUGGCCCGGGCAUCCUCCUCCCCACCCCCAGCACAGUACUGACCUUCAGCCCUCUCCCCUCUGCCCCACGCUGGAACUCCUCCCUCCUCUGGCUGGGGCCUCCCUGGCACCCGCCACCUCCCAGCCCUGCCUCUCGGGCGCUUGGGGUGGUGCCUUUUCUCAGUGUCUUUUACUAAAAUGCUCUUUUCUAUAAAUAAAAGGAGAUUUGGAGUUGU